AUGAGACGUGGUAGUCUUCAAGCUGGAGGCGCAGACUUGAUGGCAAAGAACUUCAACAGGCAAAUGAUGCUGAUCGCACAGAGAGCAGACACAUUGCAGCCGUUAGAAGAUCCUAAAACGGGCACUGGCUAUUUUGCCAAUUAAGGCCGCUUAAAAUACUUAUUUCAUUUCCCCUUCCACAGACAGGAGGUCAGUUCUUUUCCUUGGUUUCCCAAGAGAGACUUGUUGGGAAAAAUCUGAAGAAAGGAACGCAUAAGAAAUGCAACGUUUUGAGCAGCUCUAAGAUAUGUUGGAUAUGGCCAAGUAUGGGCUACCAUCCAAUCUUGGCGCAACAGCUGCAGGUGCAACUGACACGAGCGCUGCCCUUUUGCAGAGGACGCAGGGAGGUGGCAGAGGCGCCGACAUCUUCAUUCCGGGGAAGAUGCUGGCGGAUCCUGUUUUACUGGGAGAACGAGUGCAGCGCCUCAACCCGAAGAUGGACGCAAUCUAUGAUGCUGCAGACGGCAACGAGAUCUCCGGAGCGACGAUAGAGCAUAUGGCGAAAGCGGAAAACCUGGAGUGGGAGAUGAUGCCAGAAGAGGACCCGUUCGAGCCAAGUGCUGUGGAUGGAAGCGCUUUUGCGAUGAUGUUGCCACAAAAACGUCCGAAACUGCUGUCGCAGGAAGUUCUGGACGCGCAAGCCCAAAACGACGAGCAAAUGAAGAUCCUUUUCAUGCUGGUGACGCAGUACGAACUACAAGUGAUGCCGCAGGGUGUGAUGCUCCCUCCGGAUCCAGAAGUGGAGGACGGACUAGACCCUCAAAUAAGUGCAGCACCAACCGAUGCUGCCAAGGGCAAAAAAGAGGCACAAAAGUCUGAAGCAAAGCAGAGGGCGAAGCGGAUGAAGAAAUUGCAAACCGAAAAAGGCAGAGCCCAGUUUUACGCGAGUGAGAUACAAGAUCCACAGGUAUGGUUCGUCGAGUUGCAGGAUCUGAAAGACGCGAUCAUGUCGCACGUGCAGGGCAGAGCGCAGGCGAAUGGCUUGGCGGCCAAUGCGUCUAUGAAAAGUGGAAAGGCGCUGAGUGUGGCGUCCGAAGUUACUAGUAUGAACGCGAAUCGUCCAGGUCGCGCAUCCGCAGAAAUGGCAGAACGCUUUGACAAUUUUGUGCGACACUAUCACGCGCGUGGCUACAGCGACUUCCUCUUCGGUCCACAACCAGGAACUGCCGAAUUCGAAGCUAUCCAAGCCGCGGAACAAGCCGCCUUAUUGUUAAGGCCCAAUCAAAUUCGAAUACAAAUUCAUUUUCAUUUUUUUCAUUAUCAUAUGAAUGAUGCUUUCUAGCUAGGCUUGGUGCUCCACCAACAUUAACACAAUUUCUUCUUGGAGCCGCUACACGCCGAAGCAGAGCAGUCACCUUGUGUGGCGGCGAAGUGAACAAGGCAUUCUAUCCUAUCUAUCGUUCCUUCUAUCUACUUAGGACGAUUGGGAGGCGGUAUCUAUAUGUUGUGAUAUGUAUAAUGCGUAUAGUGUGUUGUAAGCAAGAAAUGAAUUCUUGUAAUUGUUCUUAGGAGGUCUAAUAUUAUACGGAGUAACACUAUGUCUAUGCCAAAAGCGAACAUCGAAAAUUGGUUUUCUAGCCAAAAAACGCACAUAAAGCGCAGGGAUCAGUUGGGCAAUAUUCGGCUCAAAAUGAAAACUUUUCAUUCUGAGAAAAAUAAUGCACAAAAAAGCGCUUCUUUUGCUGAUCCCUGGACUUUAUGUACGUUUUUUGGCUAAAAAACCACUCUUCUAUGUUCGCUUUUGGCAUAGUGUUACCCCGUAGUCUAAUAUGAUGGAUAUGCAAGGAAGAAGUGAAUUCUUGUAAUUGUUCUUAGGUCUAAUGUUAGGAGGAGAUGUUCGUAUGUCUGCAGCAGGUACGCUGAUGUCUGGAGCAGGAGCAGGAGGUCUGAUUCCACCGAAAGCUCCUGGUGGUGAUUUGUUCAAAUCGGUGCGUGCUAUGGCGAAAGCAGCACAAGGACAAGGCGCGUUUCAGAAGCAUGAAACCCCUGACGAUGAUGAUCUAGAUACACGUGGUGCUGCUUCUCUGGAAAUGGACGGCUUCGGUGAUUUCGUCGAUAUUAUGGAAGAUCUCGCUCCAGCCGGUGCUGCGGUGGAAAACGAGGGGGAAGCGGACGACUGCGCCUGGGUCUUCCGCAAGGACGCAGCGAAACUGCUGGCCCAGAAAGAGAAGGAGAAGAAGGAACAACGAAAGAAAGAAGAAGAGCAAGCCCGUUUGACACGUUUGUGUGCCGAGUCUUGUAUCUCCCAUUACAUGUAUUUGACCAGUGAGAAGGAGCGCUUUCAAUAUGCUCUGCUGAACAAGGUGAAAAACGGCUUUUUGUAUGAGUUCUAUGGUGCACCGGUUGAGACACUAGGCGCUCAAGGCAAACCUCCACAAAAUCCAAAGGGUGAUCACGCUAACCUUAGACCUUUUCUUUUGAAGCACGCACAAGUGUACGGUCUGGGAGGUUACAAGACUUCCUUUAAUCACAAGCCUUGUGGGUUCGACUUUCUCGCCUGCGACAUUCCAGAUAUUGAUAUGCCCCAGGAGCAGGAGAAGAUGAAGGCAAAGCAGACUGGAAAAGCCUAGGAAUGCGUCAGGAGCUGGAGAAGGCGCCAAGCAGAGAACUGUGGAGUAUAUAAAAGCCAGUGGUAAAGGAUCAAGAUAACUACCAGAGACGUGUGAUGCAGAUGACCGGUCAGUAAGGCUUGACUGUAAGGAUAAGGAAGGUGCGGAUCGAUCCUGGCAGCAGUAAGGAAGCUUCCCUUACAACUGCGGUUGUCGUCGUGGCAGCGUCAAAUGAAAUAAGGUUGUCCACAAAUGACAACGUUCUGGAUGACGAGUUCAUAGAGGAGAGUGGUCAAUAUCAAUGGGUACGGGGAAGACGAAGGUUUAUCUUCAUCUAUGAAAAAAAAUUUAGCUUCGAACAGCAAGAACACGAAAGACAUCACUUUAAUCAGCAGAUUAUAUUUCGUAUUUCAAUUUCUAGCAAAGAUAAAAGUAAGUAAGACCUAUAUGACAUGUAUGAUUGUUCAACAAUAGAAAACCUCCAUCCAGCAUCAACAUGGUGACGCAGAUGGACUAAGAGAUAAUUAACGAUAGAUGAAAAUAGACGAUGAAGAUCGAGAAUCACGAUGACGAUAUUCUGACGACAUAAUGAUAAUCAACGAUGAAAAUAACUACUAUGAAAACGCGCAAAAAUGUCGACCAAGGAAAACGAAUAAAAGAACAAGAAAUAUGCUGCAGGUUGAAGCAACUGACUUUGUUACAGGAGUGAGUUGUGAUGAACAU